AUGGAAGACUCUAUUGCCGGGCAAAGGGCCAAGCGGCAUAAAGUUGAUAAACAUGGACGUAUGUCGGCCUUCGAGAAACUGAAACAGCUAAAAGGAAAAGGAUCCAAGCAUAAAUACGAUGUUGAUGAACUUGAAAAUGUGUAUGACACUGUGGACGAGAGGGAAUAUAGCGAAAGGGUGCUACAGCGACAAGAAGAAGAUUGGAUUGAAGAUGAUGGAACUGGCUAUGUUGAGGAUGGCCGAGAAAUAUUCGAUGACGAUGACGAGAUUGAAGAUUCAUAUGUUGCGUCUGCCAGUAAGGAGAAUGGAAGAGGAGUGAAACGUAAAGCUCGUGUGGCUCCAACAGCGGGAAAAGGGAAUAUAAGAAAUCUCCUUGGUGCAAUGCCAGCUAAAAAGAAAGAGGAUGUGAAGAUAUCUGAUGACAAUAUAUUAUCUGACAUCAUGUCAGAUCUGGAUGGUAGUGGUACAGCAAUGGUUAAACCAAAACCUCAAGUUGUACAUAAGACUAACAUAGUUGAAUCCAGCAAAAAAGAUGCCCAAAAUUAUUUCAAAGCUAUGGCCUCUUCUGUUAAGAAAUCUAUUAUUCUUGAUGACCCACCCAUUAAAAAGGAAAUUGAAACACCUGUGACAAAAGAAGACACAAAUGGUCAUAUAUCUGCAAAAAAAAACUCUUGGAAAAUAGAUAAAGAAAUAAAAAAAGAACUAGAUGAUUCCUCUUCACAGAAUAUAGAAGAAUUUCAAUCACAAGACUUUGAUUUGGGUGAUGACUUUAGUAAUGAUGCAACACCUCAAACUAAAGUAAAGGAGGAGCUUCCAAACUCAUCCAACACAAUUACAGAUGUUGCAGAGGAAUUUCUUAAUGAUGACUUUGAAAUUUUUUCUGCAAAGAAGUCUUCACCUAAAAAAUUACAGCCAUUACACACAUCAUGGAAUGAGCAAAUUUGUGAUAAUAAUUUUGUAUCUAUACAAUCGGACGGAAAACUAUCUCUACAGACAAACAAAGACGGACAGAAAGUGUUAAAAUUCUAUUGGAUAGAUGCUUGGGAGGACAGAUUUGUUAAGCCUGGUGUUGUAUACUUGUUUGGGAAGGUUUAUGUGAAUCCCACCAAUAAAAAAGCAGGCUGUGUAUCAUGCUGUUUGGUUGUGAAAAAUAUUAAUCGUCAAAUGUUCCUCCUGCCUAGAGAACAUAAAUUGGACCCAGUUACUUUCGAGGCAACUGAUGAGGAAGUUACAAUAAUGGAUAUGUAUCAAGAAUUUAAUACAUCAGUAGCAGCAGAACUGGGUAUCAAGGAGUUCAAGUCACGAAAAAUCAGCAAGAAUUACUGUUUCAAUAUACCAAAUGUACCAGCACAGUGCGAAUACCUUGAAGUCAAAUAUUCUGCAUCUCUACCACCACCACCAACCAAACAGUAUCUUACUUUUUCUCAUAUAUUCGGAGCAAAUACAUCUUCCUUAGAGAUGCUUCUACUUGAACGGAAAAUCAAAGGUCCAUGCUGGCUGGAGGUUACCGAUCCUGAUAGUUCAGGACCCAAAGUGUCGCUUUGUAAAAUGGAGGGCAGUUGUGACAAUAUGGACAAUAUUAACGUUAUUAGAAGUGGAGACGACUUAGAACCGCCGCCCAUGGUUGUCGCUACCAUUAAUAUGCGGACAGUAACAGAUGCUAAAACAAAUAAAACAAAGAUUUUAAUGUUAAGUUGUCUGUCACACAGUAAUUUUCCAAUCCACAAGUCUGCUCCAAAUCCGCCGUUUCAACAACAUUUUUGUGUGAUGACAAAAUGUACUGAUGUAUGGCCGCUCGAUCUCAAACAAAAACUACCCGCAUACAAAGCUACAAAAUUAACAAAAUGUGAUACAGAGAGGGAGCUAUUAAACUGUUUUAUGGUCCAGUUCUGGAAGCUAGACCCAGACUUAGUCAUAGGACAUGAUUUACAAGGUUUUCAACAAGACAUACUGAUUGGCAAUAUUCUAGAUUUAAAGAUUCCUAAUUGGUCACGCUUAGGCAGGCUGAAUAGGACUGUGGCGCCGCAGAAAAAAUUCGCAGCAAAGGAUGCCUUCUUAGGGAGAUUGGUUUGUGAUAUAAAGAUAUCUGCUAUGGAACUAAUCAGGGCUCGAAGCUUUGACCUAGAUACCUUAUGCGUUAAUGUUCUUAAAAUGAAGGAAGGCGAGAGGAUAGAGGUCGCCCUAGAAGAUUUACCACGGUACUACGAAAGCAGCGACGAUCUCUUAAAACUUGUUACUCUAACCAUGCAAGACGGCUCGUACAUUUUGAAAAUAAUGUGCGAAUUGAACGUGAUACCGCUAGCAUUACAAAUAACCCAAAUCGCUGGCAACAUUAUGUCUAGGACACUACUCGGGGGCCGGUCGGAGAGAAACGAGUUUCUUUUGCUUCACGCGUUCACAGAGAAGAACUAUAUAGUUCCCGAUAAAGUAUAUGGGAAGAAGAAUAUUGCCGACGAUGAAAACGAUGACGAAAAACCCAAUAAGAAACAGGGGAAAAAGAAAGCGGCUUAUUGUGGUGGUCUAGUUCUAGAUCCUAAAAAGGGAUUCUAUGAUAAGCUUAUUCUACUCAUGGACUUUAAUUCACUGUACCCCAGUAUUAUCCAAGAGUUUAAUGUGUGCUUCACUACUAUCAAGAGGAGAAUUACUACAAAUUCAGACGACGACUUAAAUAAUUUAGUCCUGCCAGGUCCGAACACUGAGUUUGGCGUCUUACCGACGCAGAUCAGAAAGCUCGUUGAAAGUAGGCGGGAAGUCAAGAAGCUGAUGAAGGUGCCGGAUCUACCUCCAGAUCAAUAUAUGCAAUACAAUAUCCGACAGACAGCCUUGAAACUAACGGCAAAUUCCAUGUACGGGUGUCUAGGCUUUACGCAUUCUAGAUUCUACGCGAAACCGCUGGCGGCGCUAGUCACGAUGAAGGGAAGGGAAAUCCUUAUGGACACCAAAGAAAUCGUUCAAAAGCUAAACUACGACGUCGUCUACGGAGAUACGGACAGUUUGAUGAUAAACACGAAUUGCUUGGAUUACGAUUACGUCUUCAAAAUCGGAAACGAUCUGAAAAGGGAGAUCAAUAAAAAGUACAAACAAAUCGAGCUAGAUAUUGACGGUGUAUUCAAAUACUUGUUGCUACUGAAGAAGAAGAAGUACGCAGCGGUCAUUGUUAGUCGAAACAAGAACGGAGAAUUAGUGUACAGUCAAGAGCACAAAGGAUUGGACAUAGUUAGACGCGAUUGGUCUCAGCUGGCCGCCGAAGCGGGCAAGUUCAUCCUGAGCCAAAUAUUGUCCGAGCAGAGUGCAGACGAGAGACUGGAAAGUAUCCAAAACCACUUGAAUAAGUUAAAAGAAGACUUGUUGGGAAACCAGAUACCGUUGUCUCUGUUGACGAUCACGAAGCAAUUAACGAAGAAUCCAAAUGAAUACGCAGACAAGCACUCGCAACCGCACGUCCUAGUCGCGCUACGACUCAACAGCAAGAGCAGCCGUCGGUUCAAGAAAGGCGACAUCGUUCCCUACAUCAUUUGCGAAGACGGAUCCGCGAACUCUGCCACUCAGAGAGCCUACCACGUGGAAGAGUUGAAGAAUAUCGAGCACCUAAAAGUCGACCAUAAAUAUUAUCUCGCGCACCAACUCCAUCCCGUCAUAUCUCGUAUAUGUGAACCCAUCGAAGGCAUGGAACCGGCCAGAGUCGCUGAAUGUCUGGGUCUAGAUCCGUCUGGCUAUCGACAAAUUAAGAAGGAGAAUUCCAGUGGCGACACUUACGAAAUCGAGAAUGAACAAGAGAAGUACCGGCAUUGCAAGGAGUUUACGUUUAUGUGCGUGAACGAGAGCUGCAAAGCGCUGAACAAGAUACGAGAGACGUUCGUGAGAAACGACAAGGAGAGCGCGACGUUUCUCGAGAAAUGCCAGAACGAUAAGUGCGAGUCGAAGCCGAUAGAGUAUUUGGCGAGUCUGCAGAAUCAAUUAUGUUUGCAGAUAAGAGAAUACCACAGCGAGUACUACGCCGGCUGGGUGUCGUGCGAGGACCCGGCGUGCGGCGCGCGCACUACGCGUUUACCCCAAACUUUCCAAGCCGGGUACCCGCUGUGCCGUCAAUGCGAAAAGGGUCUGAUGUUCAGAGAGUACACGGAGAAAGAUCUCUACUUGCAAAUCAACUUCUUCUUGUUUCUAUUUGAUUUGAGCAAGCAUAUAAGUGCCAAAACAAAAGUAUCUCCCCAAAUCGCGAACGCGUUUCAAGUGCUGAAAGAACUAGUCGAAGAUUGGCUUUCGCAUUCGGCUUAUUCAGUCAUUUCGCUCUCCAAACUCUUUAGAUUUUUCAACUUGGACUCGAAGGGAACGAACAAGAUCAAAUCCGAGCCUGUCGAAAUUGACAUUCUGCUGGACACCAACAACAUCGAUGACUGA